AUGACGGACAAGGACGAGAAAAAACUGCGAGACGCUUCCGAUGGUGAGGGAUCCAAGCAGCUGGAUGAGGUAUCUAAGACUACGAGUGAUGAAGGUUCAAGGUCUAUGAAAGAACAGCAGAAUAUGGUGAUGAAAGAGGUAAAUUACGUGAAGGAGCUGUCGAAAUCCGUCCGUCACGCGCUGGACGAGACGGCGCAAGAGACGUGGGAGGUUACCAAGACGUUAGUAGCACCAAUUAUGGACGUAUUUAAGCGUGCAGAAGGAGAUGAAGGCACGGAACUGCGCAACGUUGUGGGUGUGGCACGAAAAAGACUCAACGUUCAGCUCUAUGCGGCUCGAGUACAGUUGCAGGAGAUUAAUCAGAUUGCAGACGAACAACUUGUGCCUGUAAAGGGCGCGUUGUGUCAUGCCCAGCAACAGCUGAUGAAAGCAAAUGAGUUUCGAAGCACGUACCCGGACAUGGCGGCGGCAGGUCUGGCGGUUGUGGUGGGCAUACCGUCACUCUUGAUACGCGGCAAGUGGUCGGCGGUACGAAACUCUGCGGUCGCUAUAAGUGCUGGAGCUGCGACGUGCUACGGAUUCGACAAGUGGGUGGAGAAGAAACGCAAGUAG